GAACAUGGCGUCCAGUCUAGCUGAAGCGACGAGGGAAGCUUCUUUUCAAGCUUUUGAAGCAGAAUUUGUCAGAAAUGGUUUUAGAGCACCCGAAGGUUUGUUACGCAUUUUAAAAGACUUUAAACUAAGAGAUGGUGAGGGGCCAGAAGCGGGUAGAGCACGGAUCUAUCGACGUCUUUUUGGAUUGUUGUGGUUUGGAAGUAAGUUGACUUUGGGGAAAACUUCAGAUGGGAAACAGCCCACUUAUGUGUACCCUGAAUCCCUGAAAUGUGUUGUCAGAAAUAUAGUAUCUGGAAACCUCGUUGAAAAGCCAGACCCAACUCAUGCAAGGGUCUAUAAGGUCAACAUUGCAGACCUUGCAAAAGCCAAAUGGCCAGCAGUUAAACCAAGACAGUAAUGGCUCCCUAUCUAUCAAUUUAUUCUUUUGAUUUUAUACAUGUUUAUAAUACAGCAAUAUGCURAAAUUAUGAUCACUCAUAAUCCAAGUAUAUAUAAGAUAUAUCAGAAAUUAUUGUAUAUCAUUGCCAAUUUCUUUUUGAAGUUGCCUAGCACUAGUAU